GAUGAUUUCACUUUACCCAUAAAUACAUCGAAUCUCUUCGUCUUCCUUGGAAUCUCCCACCCUUUCAACUGAUUUCUGAAAAUUUUCAAGGGCGGGUGAACCCUUUCAAUUAUUUCUCCCUCUUCUUCCUUCACGCCUCAACUUCCUUCACUCCCGCGGAUAAGUAAUUUGACUACUGCUUUUGGUAAAGCUACAUUUCAAGAAAAAAGGUUGAUCCACAAAGCAUGGUUGGGAAGGAGGUCCCUCAACGAUAUACUUCAAGAGAAUCAGAUGAAAUAAAAAGUUUGAAUUAUAAUUCUGAUGACAAAAAUAAUGACGAUAGACUUUCAACAGCUGUCAAUAAUAUUGAAAGUGGCAUAUUUAGCAUGGAAGAUUUAGGACAGAUGAAGGAAGUAUCUAAUGGGACUCAAACUGUGGUUAAAGACCUCAGAAAAGAUGUAACUUUGCAGCCACCAAUGCAGAGCAUUGAAGUGGUUGAAACGCUGUCAGUUAGUCACUUUUUAAAGGGGAAUGUUAUUCAACCUGACAAUAAUGGUGGAAAUGGUUCCCUGGUUGGCCAGAAUGAAGAACAUGGCACUGACAAGAUCAGUGGUUCUAAAAGACCUGAAGAUGAAUGCAGUAACAAAGAGUCCUCAGUUCGUGUAGUUUAUAGUUCUUUACCGAGCCACAGCAAAAGAAAGCUUGAGGAAUUCCUACAUCAGUGGUCUGAGUGGCACACUCAGCAUUUAUUGUCAGCUGAGGAUCCAACAUAUUUUUUAGAGUCUGGUGAAGAAACUUACUUUCCUGCAUUACGUGUUGGUUCAGAGAAGUCUUUGGCUGUGUCCUUUUCGAUGGAUGGUCAUGUCCAUAAAAGGCAACGUAAAGAGUCAUUAUCUCUGAAUAAUGAUUGCUCGCCAUUGUACGAUCGAAGAUAUGCUGUUGGCUUGGCAUCUGAUGAGGGGAAUAUUGAAGAAAGCAUUGUAGAUAUGCGUGAAGCUCCUCGUUGCUUCAAUUGUGGUUCAUAUAAUCAUCCACUCACUGAGUGUCAAAAGCCUCGUGAUAAUGCUGUUGUGAAUAGCGCUCGCAAACAAUUUUUAAGCAAAAAGAACCAAAAUGGCCGUCCCCGUGCCCAAGCUCGGUAUUACCAGGAAUCUCCAGGUGGCAAGUUUGAUGGGCUAAAACCGGGUGCUCUUUCAACUGAAACGAGGAAGUUGCUGGGUUUAGGGGAGCUUGAUCCACCUCCAUGGCUGAAUAGGAUGCGCGAACUAGGAUAUCCACUGGGGUACUUAGAUUCAGAAGAAGAGGACGAGCCUUCAGGUAUUGCAAUAUUUGGUGAUGAAGAAACUGAGAAUGUUGAUGCAAGAAAUGACCUUUAUAUCGAUGUAAAAAAAUCCAAAAAGAAAAUGAGUGUAGAUUUCCUUGGAAUUAAUGGCCCUAUACCGGAGAAUGCAGAUCACAAGAAGUGGAUGGCACCUGUAGUUCCAGAACCUGAGUAUGGUUGGAACCAGUCAGACAAUAGAUGGAGUCAUGGGAGUUUCCAUGGUGUGUAUGGGUCGAGGAAUCACACAGAAGCCCCAGCCCCAGCCCCAGCCCCAGCCCCAGCCCUGUCUUAUCAUUUUGGUCUUGGAUUAAGUCCACUAGUGCCUCAUAAUCAGUAUAGCUAUCAUCCAAGAGAACAAUUUAGCCCAAGAGGACCCCAUUAUGGGAGUCCAAGUGAUGCAAGGAGGCCUUUUCUGCAUUAUAACUAUGGUAGUUUUUGAACUCAUUCAAAUGUUUCCUUCCCUCUGAAUUAUGGAUAGCUAGAUGCUAGAUGUACGAAGAAAUCAAGUUGUUCGCAAAGGGGGAUUAGUAGUAUAACUGUUAUUUUAAUUUAUCUCUUAGACUUGUGUGGUAAAAGAAUUAGUUUGUCAUUGUGGUCAAUGAUAAUUUAUCUUGCUAGCUGAGCAUGACGGAGCACUUCCUCCGAUGGCUAUUAAUAAUGUUUCUGAGAAAUUCCGAUA